AGGGGCGGGCCCUCCGAGGGCUGUGGAUGGGAGCGGGUGGCGGAGGCGGCUGGGAGAGAAGCCGGGCGCGCCGGGAAAAGUGUUGGACGCUUUUCACCAUGUUGACAGCACCUUAAGUACAUUUGUCAAUUUCCCCAAGUUUUAACUGAAGAAAACGGUGAGAGUUUAUAUUUGAGGACUAAGGUGUGACCGCCAAUUAUCAGGCUUUCAGGAUGAAUCUGGAAACACUCAGCAAGCCAGAGCUCCUAACACUCUUCAGUAUUCUUGAAGGAGAGCUUGAGGCCAGGGACCUUGUUAUAGAGGCUUUAAAGGCCCAACACAGAGAUACUUUCAUUGAAGAACGCUAUGGAAAAUACAACAUCAGUGAUCCUUUAAUGGCUCUGCAGAGGGACUUUGAAACCCUGAAGGAGAAAAACGACGGUGAAAAGCAGCCGGUCUGCACGAACCCACUCUCGAUUCUCAAGAUGGUGAUGAAGCAGUGUAAGAACAUGCAGGAGCGCAUGCUGUCCCAGCUGGCCGCUGCCGAGAGCAGGCACCGAAAGGUGAUUCUGGACCUUGAGGAAGAAAGGCAAAGGCAUGCCCAGGACACGGCUGAAGGAGAUGAUGUCACCUACAUGCUGGAGAAGGAGCGAGAGCGUCUGACUCAACAGUUGGAGUUCGAAAAGUCCCAGGUGAAGAAGUUUGAGAAGGAGCAGAAGAAGCUGUGCAGUCAGCUGGAAGAGGAGCGCGCCCGCCACAAGCAGCUCUCCUCCAUGCUGGUACUCGAGUGCAAGAAAGCCAGCAGCAAGGCCGCGGAGGAGGGCCACCGGGCCGGGGAGCUGAGCCUGCAGCUGCAGCAGGAGCGCGGCCGCGUCAGUGAACUAGAGGAGGAGCUGGCUGCCGAGAGGAAGCGAGGCUUGCAGACAGAGGCCCAGGUGGAGAAGCAGUUGUCUGAGUUUGACAUCGAAAGAGAACAACUGAGAGCAAAACUGAACCGAGAAGAGAACCGGACCAAAACUCUGAAAGAAGAGAUGGAAAGUUUGAAGAAGAUCGUGAAGGAUCUAGAAGCUUCUCACCAGCGUAGUAGUUCUAGUGAGCAAUUAAAGAAGCCAGUAACCACAUCUAGAGGCACAGUGACGGAGCCCCCCAGGCUAGUGUCUGUGUUCUGCCAAACGGAGAGUUUUCAGGAAGAAAGGACCCACGGGAGCAGUGCGGCCAAGGCAGCGAUCACUGGGCUGCCUGUUCCCGCCACUCCUACUUUCUCUUACGCCAAGACCAAUGGCCAUUUUGACCCAGAGCUUCAUACUACCAAGGAGUUGAUUACAGGCAGCAAUGUAGAAAACCAAGUGCCUCCACGAGAGAAACCUGUGGGAUCAGCCCAAGAGAAAGCGGUGGAGAAUGGUGGGUACCCCGUGGGGACCGAGAGUCCGGUCCCAGUGCCGAGUCAGCUCCCCUCCAGUGGGAGCUCACUGUCUCCCAGCAGCACCGCGUCCUCCUCUCUCACGUCCUCUCCGUGCUCCUCACCAGUACUAACUAAGCGCCUCUUGGGGUCCUCAGCCAACAGCCCCGGCUACCAGUCAUCCUACCAGGUAGGGAUCAACCAGCGGUUCCAUGCAGCUCGGCACAAAUUCCAGUCCCAGGCGGAUCAGGACCAACAAGCCAGCGGUCUGCAGAGUCCCCCGUCCAGGGACCUGUCCCCCACCCUCAUGGACAACUCUGCCGCCAAGCAGCUGGCCCGCAACACAGUCACUCAGGUGCUCUCCAGAUUCACCAGCCAGCAAGGGCCCAUCAAGCCCGUCUCCCCCAACAGCUCCCCCUUCGGCACAGACUAUCGAAAUCUGGCCAGUACUGCCAGCCCAAGAGGUGACACCAGCCAUUCGCCAACUCCAGGGAAAGUGUCCAGUCCUCUGAGUCCCCUGUCUCCAGGAAUCAAGUCCCCGACCAUCCCCAGAGCUGAGAGAGGAAACCCUCCGCCCAUCCCACCCAAAAAGCCCGGCCUUGCUCCUUCUCCGUCCACUACGGCUCCACUGACCAAAACUCAUUCGCAGGCAACCCCGCUGGCCGGCACAGAAGACCUGGCGAGCAGCUGCUCUUCGAAUGCCGUCGUAGCCAAUGGCAAGGACGUGGAGAUCCUUCUGCCCACCGGCAGCUAGUCUCUGGGAGGGGCUCUGCACUCGACAUUCCGUUGACGCCAUCCCAGCACUCAGAGUCACACCGCUGAGUCAGAUCACGUUAUUUAUUUUGAUAGCAGCUGAAACCAUCUGUAUAAUACAUUGAGUGUAUUUUGCCUUUUUGUAUUUUUUUAAGUAGAAACUGAGUAGUUUGGAUUUUUACGACUCACCUCUUUGUACCAUAAAGCUACGAAGGGCGCCUCAAAGAUGUCCCGAGCUCGGCGGUCACCAUCGUGUGAAGGUAGUUGAGUACCAGGUGGUGACUUGCUGUCUUUUUUGGGGGACUAGAAUCACUUGACACUCAUUUUUAAUUAUGCAGAAGUGGUUCAUGCAGAUUUUUAUUCCAGAUGAACAUGUUUUAAAAGUGCCUGAAAUAAGACUGCCAUAUGAAUGUGAUUCUGCAGCAAAAACACAAACCGGCUCGUUUAAUUGCAGAAAAUGAGAUCCUCUGUGAAUUCCGAAUGUUGAAAACAAACUGCUUUUAAUCCUCUUUUACUGUCUUGAAUACUACCAGCUGCAUGAGUAGAGUGGGUGUCCUGAAGGUGGUGUGAACUCACUGUGCAUCGGAGCCUUUCAGAGCCCGUGAGAUGCCCUCCUGAGCAUUAGGUAGUUGGGGUGCUGGUUUUCUUGUACUUUUUAAAAUUAAGUCACUCCCUGGUUCCUGCAAAAAUUCUUGAAUAGAAGGAAAUCAUAUCUCCAUUCGAAAAAUGUCUUCGGGCCUCUACUGUUGUGUAAGGAACUUCUGAUUCUGAUUGCUGUUACUUGAAUAGGAACUGGCUACUCAUUCUUGUAUAACAGUCUUGCAACAGAAUGAGAUCUUUAAUUCUGUAAUCAAAAAGCAAUAACUUAAAAUUCACUCUUUGUAAUAUUGUAAGUCAGAGUUAUAUAGGUUUUACCAAAUCGUUACACUUACUCUCCAGACUGGCAGCACCUGGAGUCUAUAUCUGCGUAACUUCUGCCUAAAUGCGAGUGUUCAUAUAUCUGUACAGAUACAUGCCCCUUUACAUGUUUAACACACACACCUACCACAUAAGUAUCAGUGAGAGCAUAUCUUUGGAGUUUGCAGUAGAUCGCAAAGGAUGAGUAUAGGUGCAUGUUAAGAUUACCUCCCAAAGCAACUGGGCGGGUCUGGAACCCGGUCAGCCAGAGGCGCUGCCUUGCCCACAAGGGGAUGGGGGACAUGCCCAGUGAAGUCAGGUCUUCGGGCUCAUAAAAAGGCAAAGCCACACUAGCCCCAGGGUCACAGAACUCAGCUGGCCACGCAGAGGAGCGGGACGGGCACUCGGUCGUGUGGUGUGAUGGACCCGCAGCAAACCGGACUGCCCAAGCCCAUUUAAAAGGCCCGUCCUCUCCUGUUCAGCUCCAGCUACUUGUUGCCAUGCAAAAGCUAUGUUACUGGCUCCUCAAAUUUUCAUGAGAAAAAUUCUCAUUUUAACUAUCAGGAAAUUCAAAAAAAUAUUAAACACUGCUAGUUAAGCACUUCUGCAGCUGCAUUUAGCCCACAAGCUACAAAGUUGCAAAAUCUUUUUUGUUGUAGAAACUUACAUCAUUUCCAUCAUAGCAAGUAUGUGAGGACAGAAGCCGUCCUUAGAAUAUGGUGAUGUGAUUGAUUCAAAGUCCUUAGAACCUCAGAGCUGUCUCCCUCUCUCAGACAAGACUGCACACAACCCAGCACUGACGUGUGCUGACGUGGCUUUGUGCCCGCGGGAUGGAGAGGCCGUGGGCGCCUCACACACGCUCCCCCAGCCAUCAUCUCCCCGGACUCCCUGCUGUCAUUUGUGUCUGUUCCCUCUGAAUCCAAUACAAGUUGAUGGGCAGGUGGUGGAAAUUCGUGUGUAAUGCAGGGGAGCACGUUGGUGUCGCCACAGCUCUGACGAAGGCCCAUACUCAGAAAUUGAAACCCGUCGAUGCCCCAGGAGUCUUCCAAAUGAUGGAAGGGACACCUUAAAGCGCCGGAAGCAGCCAUGCACUGACCUUGAUUCCCAUGCGUAGCCAAUGAUGGUGUUGAUAAAAUAGCUGAACUUGCGAUAAUCCUGGAGUAUUAAUACCUCUCUUGCUUUAAAUGGUAAUCUUAAAAUUUGCAUUGUGCUCUUCCUUCAUUUUGGCAUAGAUAUAUUAUAGAGAGAGAUUAUGAGGAAGUUUAUUUCUUAGGAAGUGCACUGAAUAAUGUAUUUCUUUUACAGUGUAAUAUGGGGGUGGGGAAAUGAAAAAGAAAUGUGUAUUUUUGCUAGUUGCCUAUCUUCUGAGAUAAAUAAGCACAAUACUGCAAUGGAUCCAAUGAUCCAGUUAGGUAUUAUAGAUUAGUAUUUAAGUUUGCUGUAGAUUGUGUGCGCUAAGUAGAAUUUCCAUGAUUUGCGAUUUUGGUGUUUAACCCAUGUUGCAAAAGCUAUGUCACUGGUCAACAGAUUCUGUGUAACGAUGUGCAACACAUAACAAGCAUUAACUCGUCAUUAACAUUUGUGAAGCAAAUGCGCCGUGCAGAAGUCUGCAUCCAUUUUUAUAGCAGACUACAUUAAAACAAGCUAAAUCAGCCUGUCUGGGGAAAAGAG